UGUCUGAACGGGGAGAGGGCCCACAGGCUGUGUGACAGCUCCCCUUUCUCCCCCCACUCAUGAAGGACACUCAGUUUGUGUAAUGUAGUCGCACAGCAAGGACAGGAGAGCGUCUGGAGGAAACCUUGGGAAACUCUGUGAUUUCACCAGGAUGGAAACCAGAAGAUAUGAGACAAGAUGACACAGAGUGACUGAUUUCUUCUUCUUCACUGGAUGCCUGACGCGGAGCGACGAUGGGAAACAUCUUCCAGUGCUGCCGCGGAUUAUUGAGCUUCUUCAAGCAUCCGGGCGAUCCGGUUCAACAGGGCGCUGAGCAAUCCCCUCUUCUAUCAAGCGAGGAAAGCGACCUUGACUCUUUGGAUGACAGUAUGAUAAACCCUUCAACUGGUAUAGCAAACCCUGCUCUUGAGCCAGAGCAUUUCCUGUUUCCUGACAUCAUACUCAGCAGCAACCCUGCAGGCGAAGUGACUCUGGUGGAGCCCAUGGUGUGUUUGCUUGUUUCUGAGGAAGACGAGGCGCAGGGAGAUGAAGGAGACGCAAGGGAAGGAAGAGACAGGUGUUUCUCUGAGGUGGAGACGCAAACCGAAGUGGAGACUCAGAUUAGUGCGGCGGUUCAGACUCAGACUGACUCUGAGCCAGAAAUUCAGACGGAAAACGAUAAAGACAUCACAACUUCAACAAAAGCAAAAUCAGAAAUGGAGAAAAACAUCAAGCUUCAUGAAGUGAGCGCAGCAGGGUUUGUUUGGCCUGAGCAGCACCAGGUACUGAUCCAUCCCAGUGGAAAUGGUUCUGAGAGGACCGAACACUUUGGUGCAGAACGUAAAAGCAACAACACUCAUGAGGACUUCCAAGUAAAACAUGAACUAAGUGAUGAAGAUCCAGGAGUUUUUCACGUAAAAAAUGAAAUUAUCCACACUGAUGAGUUAGUAGACACACCCAUAUUUAACAAGACUCACAUGAAGGAUCCAGAAAACAUAAAGAGAGAAAAGGAGGACCAGGAUAAAAGUGGUUUGCAGCCUCUUUCAGAGGAGGAGCCGCUUGUCAAAGGUGUGGCUUCAGAAACCUCUGAGGAUGAGCUGUCCAACAAGAGAAAAACUCUGUCGAGCGAUGGAGAAGUCGCUGAUCUUCAUGAGGACAAAUUUACAGUCCAAAUUCAGCCGCCUGGAACAGAAAGUUUUGAUCUUCAGGUAUCAGGGCAGAUGUCGAUAUCUGAGCUCCAUCAGGUGCUUAUGGAUCAUGAACUCACCUGCCACCGCUCCUGCUUCUCCCUGCAGCUGGGAGGCGCCGUCCUGGACAGCGCCGCCGAGCUGGGCUCCAUCCAGGGAAUCCAGGAGGGGGCGCUGAUCAGGGUGGUGGAGGGUAACUGACUCUAACUUUCUCCCCUCAUCCUCUCUACACACUGCUUUUCACGACCAUCAUUGGGGCCUGCCAUGCAAAGCAAUUCACGCCAUUGGAGCUAUUACUUCUGGUGGGAUUUGGGCUUAA